UUUGUAUCAAUCAGCUUAAGGCUUUCCUUCAGUCGAAGAAAAAAAGUCAGAUAGCAAACACUUUGUCCAGGAGGUGGUCGAUCGGGAAGCAUAUCUUGGACAUAUCGCUAAGGAUUUUCUUAUGUGUGACGACGCAACUAUUCUGGACAUUAUUGCAAGCUUUGUUGACAGCAGACGGCUUCCGGUGAACGCUGUCUCACAAAAGCGCCCCCUGUGUGCCUUUGAGAGACAAUACAGUGUUAUUUAAUCAGACGUUGAACACAGGACUCAAACUGAGAUUGGACGUCUUUGUGAAAAAAAUGACUUUCCAAUAAUCCGAAUUGACAUCUAGUAAAAAAUACAUGUCGACAUGCCAACAAGUGCGUGGGUUAUAUCUAGGCUGUUGGCAAGCGUUAAAGAGCAUUAACCCAUGGUAUAGCCUUACCGUUGACAGACGACACCUGUAAGGCAAACCAUUGUUUGACGAUUACCAGUCUACAUGGAUGGUAGAGACUUAUAUAUAUUAACCAUUGUUUGUUUUGCGACCCGGCUCCAUAUCGCCCGCCGACGUGGUUUCCCGCCAAAUCCCUAAAUCUUCUGGUGGAGUUGUCGUCUGCUUACGUCUGACAUUAAUCUUCGUGCCAUUCAACGAGGGAUACUGGACUAUAUCGUUAAGAGAUUCCCACGGAUACAGUUUGCGAUAUGAACAGAUAGCACUUUUUGUCCGUAAUAUUGAAACGAUAGCGGGUCAGGUGAAUCAUUUGUGAGAUUGAUACUCCUCAAAGUGUUCUGUGACGACUAUGGUGAAUAAGCGUAAGUAGCUCAGACAUGAAGAAUUUCUCCAUCAAGAUCCCUGAACCGAUCGCAGUACAUGGGGCCCCGCCUCAGCAGAGCAUGUCGCUGCGCCUGCCUGUUGCCACCAACUAUGAUGUGGACAACGAAUACAACUACAUUAUGGAUAAGGCGCUCCACGCGUACAAGAAGCAUUGUGACAAGGAGAAGGCAGACGCACGCCAGUCUCAACUCCGGUCGUCCUACAAGAGACGGAUGUUUCUGUCCCAGAACCCGAGGCCACCCAGACAUCCCCCUGGGGGUCGACCACGCCCUUGGUCCGCCCUACCGUCUAAAUUUGACGCUAUUAAAGAGGUCGAUCAGGCGAACAAUGAGUCGCGAGACAGCACCCCUAGGAAGGUUUUGAACGUACGAACGAUAACGCUAGGACCAGGCGCGAUGGACGCACCAUCUAAGAAGACGACAAGCUACCAACGACGGAACCAGACAUCUCAUUCCUGGUACAGCCAGAGUUUCCCGUCAGCUAAUUUCCUUCAGCAGCCCAUACAAGGACUCACCCUUUCCAAGAGCAGGUCGCUAAAUACUUCCCCGAUUAAGUCCGAGGAGAAAAAGAAACGACCGUCAACAUCAUACGAAUACGACGGCGGCGUUUUUGCCCCAACGACACCACGGAGAGACUUUUUUGUUAUACACCCUGACUGGGUGUCCGAGUCGGUCACAGUCCAGAAACUGUCCUUAAACGAGCGAACCAAAAAAUCCUCGACAUGGCCUGGAAGACGGUGUAGAAGUGCUCCUCCGCCCAAAUUCAGAAAUCCGAUCACGUGGGACUGACGUCACUUGCUGCAAUCCCAUUGGUGCUUUAUUCCCGGAAGUGUAUUGGAGGUUGUACUCGCAGGUGGUUGUGGGACCUAACCGUGGCUUGGUGGGAGCUGUCUGAUUAUAGUGGCCUUGUCCUUCGUAUUCACACGCCCGCAUCUUGCAGACCGCCAUGUUGUUACAUUGAAGGAUGCCUGUGUGUACUGCGGGAUCCGGCUACGGGAAGGCACAAGAUGGCUUUGUGUGUGACUACUGGCAUUAGCUGUUGUUUAUUAUUGGUGUUUCAGUCCUCGAAGAACUACUUUCUCAGGAAGGAGCACGUGCACUUCCGCUUGUCGUCUGUGCACAGGACGAGUGCCCGGGAUAUUGCAUAAUUCGUAGUUUUGACCUUAAUUGCACACUUUUCGCUAAUCUUUCGCUAUUUGCAGAUAAUGCAGUUUAAUAAGGUCAGACGAGGCAUGGUUUUAAGUACCAGACGAUCAUCCCAGUACGAAAGUUACAACCUGUGAAAUACCAGUAGUACACAGGCACGUUGGAAUCGUUCUUAAAGGGAGACUACUCGGUAACAAUUAUGUCUUAUUUUGCGUCCAAAAUAUAAUAAGUACUCCAAAAUGUAUUCUGCCUUAGAAGUGUAUUGUUUAGCAACUAAAACCUCCAGGCGCUUUUGGGUAGGUAUGUGUUCGACAGCUAGCCAAAUCGACAUUAAUAGCAUGCUAAGAGUUAUCUCCCUUUACACUUGACAGGAAUACUACCUUGGAUAAAAUAAUUGCAUAAUGACAGCUGACGGGUGAUACAAUAAGGAAAUAGAGACUUAAUUAUUUAUUUAACAAUUAAUUCAGGGAUGGUAAUCAUUUGUUUAAUUACUGAGUCACACUGGUUUGAAGGAAUAAUCUAGUUUGUUUUUAUGUACAAUUUACGUACAAUUAAGUAUACAAUUUCCCAUGCGCUAUUAAUAUAUUUGAUCAUAGUUCUGAGAAUCAACUGGAAAUAUCAGUUCACCUUUAAAUUCAAAAACAUGUUUUGAGACGUUUAUCUCGAUCAGUGGUUACAAUUAUUCAGUGAAAUGUGUGUUUUCAGUUUUACAAAAGAUAAACUGCUGAAUAUGAACGUUUCAGUGAAGUAAACACAAACGGACCAGUACUAGUUCCAAGGUCACAGAAUAUGUGUCUACAAGUAGAAACCAUCUAGUCACGACCUUGACCUCAAUACUCGUGACAUUCUUGACAAUUUGUGAAAGAGGCGAAAAACCAGGCCACGGUCAAGGUCAUCGUAAUAAAACACGAAGUAAAUUCUGUCGAAACCAGUUUGAAAUCUUUCAUAAUGGCAGCAACAGAUAUUCAAGAGCAAAGAGUGAAAACAAAUUCCUGUAGAAAAAACGAAACGGCUCGAGACAACACUGCCAUGAUGUUCUCGCUUUUUUAGUUCAAUAGGGUGGAAUAUUGUUGAAUAGGGUGGUGAGAAGAACUCUCCCAGUCCGAAGCAAUAUACUGGUAACGUUAUGGACAGAGGGAGGGUUCGCGCUGUGAUACAGGAAACCUAGUUCAGGAGCCAAGGCGGAAACUGUAAAUGCUGACAGGAUUUAUGUUGAUUUUUGUCAUUGUUAUACAUUGUAUAUAUACAUUGCAUAUAUACACCAGUGUAAUCAUGAAUGUGUUGCUUAUGUACUUUUUACAUGAAAGACACGGAAGCACAAAGCAGCACCCAGUUGUUGUACUCCAUGAAACAAUCACAAAGCCAUUUGUAAAUGAUCGAAACGCACAGCGUUCAGACCAACGGGGCAUUAUUCUCAUUUGUGUAGAACGUGGCGACAGUUUAUCGUUAUUUCAGUUAACUUGUCGUUAUGCUUUUAAUUGUCCGAUGUCCGAAAAUUCAAUAUGGAGACAAUGCGGUGUUAUUUUAAUAAAACAUAUUUUAACAUGACUGAUUACAUGAAAUGUGAAUCAUGAAAUGCAAAAGCAACUUUGUACAUCUGUGAACCAUAUUACACAAGGGUUGGCCUAAAUGUGACCGAAAUAAAAUGUUAUAGAUAUGAUUGGUAUAAAAGAUAGAUUUAAUUCCAUGAAAUAAAAUUUCAACCCGCGGAAAAUAAGCUUAAAAUUGUUGAUCCCUGUUGAAUUCUGCCUGUGACCCAUGUGAACAUUUCUGAACGUUUGGUUAAAUACUUGCUGCUAUUCAGUUAUUGAAAACCGCUGCGGGAUACGUUUAUUUGCCGCAGCAAUGGCGACCGGCUUUCAUAAAGCUCUCUAUUCUCCACACUGAUUGUUCAGUGGAGAGUAAAGGGAUGUCUGUCAAUAUGCAAAUGGAUUUUGUCAAAUAAAUUCGAUGUAGCGCUGCAUCGAGCUGAGAUA